GACAGAGGGGGUACUUCUGGCAUUCCAAAAAUGGCGUCUGGUUUGAGUGUUGUUGACUCGGGGCAACGGAAAGUUCAACUGUUAUUGUAAUGAAUUUCGGCGUUUGAACUCGGUAUAUGACAUGUGGGGUUACUGCAAAUUGACGUCGUCACUAUAGAGUUAACAAAUGAUGCAUGGGUCGUAUUACCCAUCACCCCGUGGGGCAGGAGGCAGCACAAGUUACGUCUACACCAACGGACACGUACCCAAUGGAACACCUCGUGCUGCACCGACCGCCAUGAACGGUGGUCCGGGGUUCACCUUCCAAAAGAGACAAGAGAGGAUUGAUUGGAGGAAAAUGGCUUCUGUUGACGUAGAUCGCGUCAUGAGAGAACUUGACUUUGCGACCUUACAAGACGUCAUCAUGACUGUCACCUUCUGUGACAUCACGGCCGAGGUCGACAUGAGGUCGAUGGAUCCUAACUUUAUCAAACUCUUCCAGCUCUCCCAACUCAUUGCCGAGUAUUUACUGCAUUCCCAGAACUACCUGACCCACAGCAUCAGCUUGACUCAGGAGAAGCUGCAGCAGUCCGAGGAAUCCCACAAUGCAACGCAGGUUGAGGUCAGCAAGGUCAGACAGGAGGUCAAGAAGAUCAAAGAGGAGUGUCACAAACGGAAGAAGAUGCUCAAGCAACAGCAGAACCUCAUCCAGGCUGGAGCCAAUAAUUAUCACAAGUGCCCAUACUGUGUUAAAGCCUUCGUCCACGCAGCAUACCUUCAGUCUCAUCUCACGCGCAAACAUCCGGAGUACGUCCCCCCGUCGGCGGACUCUGAAGCCAAGAGACAACGGGAGAGCUUGGAAAGAGAGAUCGAGGGAUUCAAGGAGCGGUUGAGACUGACCGAGAGUCAGAUGGAAGAGGAACGGAGGACGAUGCAUCAACAGAUGACAGCUCACAAGGAGAGUCUUGCCAGGGAAGACAGUAAGAGACUCGAGGAGUUGCAGAGGCAACAGAUGGAUUCUUGGAAACAAGAACAGCUAGAAUCACAAAGAAGUGAGAUGGAGCGGAUGCAGGAGAUGUUCAUGAAGGAACUGAAGGAGAUGAAUGAGAAAUACUCCUCCUCCCAGCUGGCUCUGGAGGACCUUCAGUCCAAGUAUGGUAAGAAGUCCAUGUUGGGAACCUUGGAGGACGAAGAUGAGAUGGCGGAUCUCAAGAAACAGAUCAAGAGACUGAAAGACGAGAGUGAUCAAAGGAAUCGAGAUCUUCAAGAUAAACUUGCCUCCACCCAGUCUUCCAUGCGAGAGCAAGCCAAGAUGUUCAAGGACCAAUCCAAGCAGACGAGGAGAGAUCACAAAGAUGAGAUGCAAGAACUGAAGAGUCAGUUGGAUCAGACGCAAGCGGCACUCAGGAUUGAGAGGGAAGGAGGGAGCAACAUCGGCAGGAAAUACGAGAAGCAGAUCCAGCAGUUACUACAGGAAUCUAAAGACCAGCAGAAAGUAUUGAGGGCAAAGGAGAAAGAAAUCAACUCUCUCAAGUCUCGACCACCCCCACCGCCCAUUGUGCCAGAGGUCAAACCAGCAGUGGUCAACCAAACACCGGUCAGUUCUGGUCAACACGCGCUACCGGUCAAGAGACUUGAUUUGAUAUAUGCUCAGAAAUCUCCAGCAAAGCCUCCCCCGUCUCCUACCGCCAAGAAAGCCCCGCCCAUCCUGGCAAAGUCUCUCAGCUCCGAGGAGGAAGAGGAGGAGGAAUCAGAUGAAGACUUAGAAUCAGCAGAGGAGGAAGGAGAAAUAUCUAUGAGAUCAACACAGGAGGAUCUGCUAGCAGCUUCAAGUUCUGAAGACUACUCAGACGGAGAGAUUUCUAUUACAGAUGACAAUGAAAGUGAUAACAACACUCUAGAAGAUGAUGAGAGAGAGAAACUGAAACAAGACUUGGAGUCACACCUGAGAAAGAAUCUUGAGAAGCAAGGAGUACCGGAGGGUGUGAAGGGCAUCACCUCCAACUCCCUCGACAACAAGUUGAGACGACUCAAGGAGCAACGACAGGUGUUGGCCAGGGCCCAUCCUACCUUCUAUGACAUCAGGAAGAGAUUGAAGGAAGACGUGGAGAAGAUGGUGGCUGGGAAACGACGAGGCGCCAAGAAGAUGGCGGCCAGUAAACGUCCCAAGUCAACUUCGCCCAAGCCUAAACCAACUGCUAAGCUCUCUAAAGGCAAACAUCCAGCUUCCAAAACCCCUCAUCAGUCCCAAGCAAAGACCGCCAAACCAUCAACCUCAUCAUCUGGGGUCAAACGGUCGGGCGUCGGCCACGCCCAGCAAUCAAUUAAGGAACCAGCGAGACAGGUGCCUCCACCCGUGGCUCCUAGGAGCUCAGAGUUGCCCAAGUCAUCCUCACUGAAAUCAGGCAGCAAGCCACCAGGAUCGCCUGCUAGAGUAUCUUUCGAUGUCAAUGGCGAGGCUGAUUUUGAUUCCGACGCUGAGGAUGAGGAUGAUGACACUUCGGAAGAUGAAGAAGAAGAAGACGAUAGUGAUUUUUCUCUGGAUGAAGACAGUCCCGACGCGGACAUCAAUCGACGUCCGCCUGUAUCCAUCCCUGCCUCGUCCCUCCCUACUCAGCCUAGCGCUAGGGGCACAGCCGAGGGAAUGGACGAUGACAGCGAGUGGGACUCGGAAGACAUCAGCGAGCUGGAAGAGAUGAGUCGUGAGGAGAACGGAAGAGGAAGUCAACGUCAGCAGAAGGAGGAGCAGGAAUGGCAACAGCAGCAAGAAAGGAAGGCGAGGCCCAUACCGGCUGGUAGACCAAAGAGUCCAGCGAUUGCCAAAAAGGCUGAACAAAUUGAGCAGUUGCUGUCUUCGCGUCGCUCAGACCACAAACCAGUGGGCGGGGUCGACCUCGGGGUCAAAGGUCAGUCAAGUAACCUCCGACCUGAUUCGCGGGAUGAUGUACGAUCACCAUCGCCACGGAUACCGACUUUACCUGAUGCAAGCGAUGAAGAUGACGACGAUAGCUUUGCCGUCUCGUCUCUAGAUGGAAGCAACUACUCCGUGCCUCGCACGAAAGCACCCUCUGGGCCGGUACCUGCACCGAGGCAGGGUUCUAGACCUCCGACAACAGGCAGUCGAAAGUCGGACACAGAUAUGUCCAAUACCUAUGGCACCAGCAUGUGGGGAUCGUCAAAAGGUCAAGGAGAAUCAGGAACAGCCAAGAGUUCCUUGGUCUCAGUCACUGACUUUGACGACGAUGAUGAUCUGGAUCUCAGUGACCUUUGACACGACCAAUCAGCUAUGAGAAUUUUUGAGAGCCCCCCUCCCCCCACAAGUAUACGUUUGUAAGGCUGUGUGCGCAAGCUGCGUAUUUCCCUCCACUGGGACUUUUGAAAGUGGUAAAAGGGCUCCCUCUCUUGUUCAUUUGAUAUUUCUGAAGGAGAACAGGGACCCAUAUUGAGACAGAGUCCCCCAAGGCAGGGACCUAGGAUCUAUUCUCAUGUAGCCAAAGUCUGAGGCAAAACCAGAGUUUCAAAAAUGGCCCCACUUACCUCAAAUGUAUUCUUCUUUUUUUUCAGCAGGACUAUAUCGCUUACUCCGUCCAAACUUUAUUCGUUGCCAGUUUAUAUGAAUCCAGGCCAAAAAAUUUACAAUGUCCAAGUAUUCAACUUUAUUUCAUCUUAAAUCUUUUAUAACUUGGUGUUAAGUUGCUAUUUUAUUUGCGUGACAAGAUUACAUAUAUAAAGUGAUUCUAUGGUUGUUGCACCGUGAGUUAAAUGGGUCCCCCAGUUGAGACAGUUAGCCAAUGAAAUGAGUGCUGUGAGUCACAUGACUUAUUUGAAUUUCGGUCAGAUGGUCAGAGACUGAAUGCAAAUUUAGUGUCUAGUGAGUUCUUGGUUAUCUAAAUGGAGAUAUGUUUUGAAUCUGUGCCAAAUACUUAUCCAGGAAAAGUUCAGAGGAAUUUUGCUGUU